AUGGGUAAGGAGACGUUCUGCAUUCGCCCUCUGGGCCAUGAAAAUGGUCCCGAAACGGAGGUCUUCCAGAUGAGCGACUUCGACUACCUCGCCCCUCCCGUCUACACGAUGCUGAGCCUCUGCUACAAACUGGACGAACAGCAGAGCCGCGACACGAUCGUGCAGAAUCUGAAAGAAUCUUUACAGAUCACGGUGGAUCAAUACCGCAUUGUCGCUGCAAGGGUGCAAACGGAAGCUGGCACUGGGAGGCUGUCAGCUGUGAGGAAGAGAGAUGGAGGCGUCAACUUCACCAUCAACGUCAUGAACGAGGCGGAUGAUUUCCUGGACUUUGAGACACUCAACCAAGCGAAUUUCACCUCCGAGAAGAUGGACGUCAACAAACUGUUCCCCGACGAGGUUUCCAAGCGCAUCGCCUCCAUAUUCCAGGACACUUCGGAUCCACCAGCCGUGGUUGUGCAGGCCAAUUUCAUCCGCGGUGGGCUCAUCCUAUGCGUCGCCGCUCACCACCGCAUAUCUGAUGGCACGGGAACAAACCAAUUUGUCAAUCACUGGGCCGCCAAUUCACAUGCGUUGAGUACCAAGGCUGCACUUCCCGCCUUCGACGUGUCCCGCCUCGAUCGUAGCCCGCUAUGCUUCCGUGGACCACCGCCAUCCGAAGAGCGCAUGGCCGAGCUGAAGCAGCAAAUCGGUUUCGUCCACCACGCCGGUGAAGGCGACAACCCACAGCCAUCCACAGAGCCCAUCUCCCUCAUCACACUGCACUUCCCCAAGACCAAGCUCGCCUCGCUCAAAGCCGACGCGUCCCCAACGCCGCAAGACGCCCAAGGCCGAAGAGACUCAGCCACUUCCUACUCCAGCGACCCGGAAAAGUCGACGUCUGCCGAAGACGCCGCGCUCGGCAGCUCGACAACAGACACAACCGCCGCCGCCCCCGUGUCCUGGAUCUCCACCUACGACGCCAUCGUCGCCACAAUCUGGCGCGCCGUGACCCGCGCCCGCCUCCCCGUCUUCCACUCCCUCCCGGGCGGCCCACCCGCCACGUCCUCGCAGCUCCACGCCGUCGACCUCCGCAGCGUCGCCGGCGUCCCCGCCACCUACUACGGCAACGCCAUGGCGCUCCCCACCCAAACGCUGCCCCUCAGCACGUUGACCUCACUCCAUCCGCCCGCGUCAUCCUCCCCCUCCCCAUCGGCGCACGGUCACCAGCCCGCCGACCCCAGCCUCGCCGCCGUGGCAACCGCGAUCCGGGCGGGCAUAACGCGCUGCUCGACGCGCGCCACCGCGGCCGCGACGGCCGAGUGGAUCGCCGGCACCGCCGACAAGAGCCGCGUCACGCUGCCGAACCUCAUCGGCACCGGCCUGUACUGCACCAGCUGGCGCUCCAUGUCGUACUACCGCACCGCCGACUUCGGCUUCGGCCUGCCCAACCGCGUGCGGCGGCCCCCCAUCGUCGCCGACGGCAUCGCGUUUGUGUAUCCGCAGCGCCCCGAGGAGUGCGGGGCGGCGCCGGAUGAGGGGAUCGAUGUGGUGCUUGGGUUGGCCAAGGGGACGGCGGGGAGGUUUUUGGCGGAUGAGGAGUUGUUGAGGUAUGCGAGGGUGGUGGAGGGGUAG